GCUCGGUGCCGAGCCAGCGCCGGGUGGUAAUUAAUUGGCAGGAGCAGCGGGUCAGCGCGGCGGCGAGGAUUACCGAGGCCGGGAUUUCCGUCGGGCGCGGAUUAGGAGCCAGCGGAGCCUCUCCUGAGUGGAUCUGAGGGGAUUGCUGCUCCUAAUCAAUGUAAAUGAGGCUCCCCCAGGGCCACCCUUUACGGCAUUAACGAACUAACGGGAUUAGCCAGAGCGGGGUGAGAAAUCCUGGCUCCGAGCUGCCGCGCGUGCCAGGGCCGUGGUGGGCGGCCGCGGUGGGUCGGCUCUGGGCUGCUGGAGGCAGGGAAUGCCAGGGAAUGCCGGGGUUCCAUGCAUACCCAGUGGCUGCAUGCCACGGGGACCGUGCUGCCCGCAGGACCCCGAUGCCCCUCUGGGUCUGUCUGUCCAUCGUGCUGUGUCUGUCUCCUCCUUGAGGCUGCUGGCACAUUCCCAGCAGGACCUGGCAGUGCCGUCACGUGUGCCUGUGCUCUUGCCCAGCCCACCCGUGCAUGUGGCUUGACAACAGAUCUUCUCCCACCCCAGUCCGCUCGUGCCCCCGGGGAUGUUGAUUCUGCUCCACAGGUCCGUGAGGCUGCACAGCCCCGCUGCGUCGGGGGCUCCACACAGAGGCUGAGCAGGGGGUGCUGCUGCUCCUGGAAUCCCCACUCGACAACUCGCUCCUUGUCCAGCCUCCGGGUCCCCAUGGAGGAGGGGGAUGGUGCCUGGGGAGGUGCAGGGCGUGUCUCUGACCCCCCCCAUCCCCUCCUUCCCUUGCAGCCUGCGGCGGGAGGGCUACACAGUGCAGGUGAACGUCAACGACUACCUGGACAUCUACUGCCCGCACUACAACGCCUCGGUGCCCGAGCACCGGCUGGAGCAGUACGUGCUGUACAUGGUGAACGCGGAGGGGUAUCGCACCUGCAACACCAGCCAGGGCUUCAAGCGCUGGGAGUGCAACCGGCCCCACGCGCCCCACAGCCCCAUCAAGUUCUCGGAGAAGUUCCAGCGCUACAGCGCCUUCUCACUGGGCUACGAGUUCCGUGCGGGGCAGGAGUACUACUACAUCUCCACACCAACACACAACCACCGCCGGGCCUGCCUGAAGAUGAAGGUGUUUGUCUGCUGCGCCUCCACGUCACACUCCGGGGAGAAGCUGGCGCCCACCCUGCCCCAGUUCACCCUGCGGCCCGAGGUGAAGAUCGAGGACCUGGAAAACUUCAACCCGGAGAUGCCGAAGCUGGAGAAGAGCAUCAGCGGCACCAGCCCCAAGCGGGAACACUUGCCCCUGGCCGUGGCCGCCGCGCUCUUCCUCAUGACCCUGUUGGCCUCGUAGCUCCCGGCGCCCGCGGGGGCCCGGCCAGCGCCGCUCUGCCGAGUGCGGCCCCCCCGACCUGCCGCCCCUCCUGAGAGCCAGCGGGGGAACCACCGCGGGACCACCCCCCCUGCCUGGAGAGCCGCCCGCAGAGCUGCCCCGCGGGGCAGGGAUCGUGGCACGCGCCGAUCCCGACCGGACUCGCCUCCCACCCUGCCAACGGGGGCGGCCACGUCCGCGGGGACGGGCUGAGUGCGCCGCACCUCCCGCCGACACCGUCCUGUGCCGUGGGGUCCUGCCCGCAGCCCACCCAGUGCCCCGCGGCUGCCCCGGGGCCGGGGGGCAGCUCCAAGAGGGGGAGCCUGGUGAGGGCAGGGACCCCCCAGGGCCGGGCAGCCUGUACAUACCCAUAUCGAUCUAUACAUACUGUACAGAGAGCGACUACAGAGAUAUAUCUAUACUGUACCAUAGGCAGCGGCGCCGGCCCCGGGCUGGCUUGUACAUAGUCGAACGUGUUGGAUUUUCCUCGUCUUCUGUGAAGACCUGACCUAUGCAAACGCACAGACACUUUUUGGGGAAAAACAAAACAGAUCAAAACAAAACAAAACAAAAAAAAACAACAAAAAAGAAACAUUCUCAACCUUUUUUUCAAGUGCUUUGGCUGGUGAUUUUCAUAUUCUGCUCUUAGUCUAUUAAAAAAAAAAUA